AUGUUAGCAAUUGAGCGAAGUUUCAACUUCAACUUCAACAGAGGAAGCAAACGUUUCCCAAGGACCAACCAUCCAGACCCUCUGUUCCUAAACUCUUUGGUGGCUCUUCAGAUGCACCUCAUCAGCCACGGAGACCUAAAGUCUGGGGGUACAGCGCAGUCUGUCAUCCCACCGCGGCCCGUUCACAGCAAUGACAGGCGCCGUGGGAAGUACAGCAUUGUGUCAGACAUCAUACCGGAGGAAGAGCUACAGAAGAUUUCUAGCCUUGCGCUCUACAACGGUCACGGUUCUGCCAAGGUGAAGGAGCAGAGCGACGCAGAAAGAGAGGACAGCAGAAGGAGGCCCGGAGCCUCCACUGUCGUGUCCGGCUCCAGCAGACAAAGAGGCAUGAACAACUACAACGGGAAGGUCCUGACCAGGGGCUCCAGCCAAGUCCGGAGCCGUUUUGUGAAGAAGAAUGGGCAAUGCAAUGUGGUGUUCACUAACAUGGAAGACAGGAGUCAGCGCUACCUCGCCGACAUCUUCACCACCUGCGUGGACAUCCGCUGGAGAUACCUACUACUUAUAUUCUGCACCAGCUUCCUGAUCUCAUGGCUGAUCUUUGGUGUAAUCUUUUACAGUGUUGCCCUUGCACACGGGGACUUUGUUGAGCCCACUAAUCAGAAAUCUAAUGUGCUGGUGGCAGGAAUGUAUGGAGCCUCCUCUGGGCACACAGUCGGUGGGCAGACACAAAGGAUGCCCUGCAUACUGCAUGUUCAGGGCUUUGUUGGGGCGCUCCUCUUCUCCAUGGAGACCCAGACUACUAUUGGCUACGGCUGGCGCUGUGUUACAGAGGAGUGUCCUCUGGCUGUGUUGACAGUGGUUAUACAAUCUAUUGUUGGUUGCAUCAUUGACUCCUUCAUGAUUGGCACCAUCAUGGCAAAGAUGGCGCGGCCAAAGAAGAGAAACCAGACACUGAUGUUCUCCAAAAACGCCGUCAUUGCUCUUCGCGAUGGCAAAUUGUGCCUGAUGUGGCGAGUGGGCAACCUGCGGAGGAGCCACAUCGUGGAAGCUCACGUCCGUGCGCAGCUCAUACGAUCGUAUGUCACAGCUGAGGGUGAGUUCAUCCCUUUGGAACAGAUGGACCUCAAUGUGGGCUAUGACGAAGGCACGGACAGGCUGUUUUUAGUGUCUCCGCUGGUCAUAGUCCAUGAGAUAGACAAGGAUAGCCCCUUGUACACCUUGAGCCGAGCUGAUCUGGAAGCAGACGACUUUGAGAUUGUUGUGAUCUUGGAGGGGAUGGUGGAGGCCACAGCCAUGACCACGCAGUUCCGUAGUUCUUACCUCGCGAGAGAAAUCUUCUGGGGUCACAGGUUUGAGCCAGUGAUCUAUGAGGACCGGGACCGCUACAAGGUAGACUACGCGCGAUUCCACAAUACCUACGAGGUCACGUCAACGCCCCAUCUCAGCGCAAAAGAGCUCGAUGAAGCAUCGAGCCGAGCAUCCUCCACUGCAUCUCCUGCAUCAGCACAUAGGUCUACGCUAGACUUGAUCCCGCGGUCUCUGACCGCCUUCUGCUAUGAGAACGAGGUCGCACUGAGCUGUGCGGAGGAGGAAGAGGAAGACAUAUUUGACUCCACACAGAUGGUAGGGAAGGACAGGGCAGAAGAGAGGAGGACUUCUGUUGACUUUCAAAGUAUGUUUCACGACACAGCAACCAUAACCUCAGGCAGUCACAAUGUCAUGUGUGUUCUGGACAUGGACAAUAACCAGAUGGAGUUUGACAUCCUACAGACUGCGAUUCCCCUUGAUCCAGUCAGCUAUAAGAGUGAGCAAGAGGCCUAAAGAGUGGGAGCUUGGGUCGUUUGUCCAGAAAGUUGGAUGCCUGUUCAGCUUACAUCAGCAAGAACAAGAGCUGAAGCUCAUUUUGCCUUUCCAGUGUUUUCUUUCUUUCUUUUUUAUUGUUAUUGUCUUUUCAGGUAUUGUGUUAAAAUUUCAGCAGUAUCGUUUUUCCAAGACUGCAGUGCUUGGAGGGCCAUAGUGAUCAAGAAGACUGAUU